AUGCCAAGGUCACUUUUACCAAAUGCUUUAUUAAAUUUUCGAUCUAUUUAUCGUAAUGCUACAAAGGCUAUGCAAUUAUCGUCAUCAACAUCAGAUAGUCUAAAUGAUGAAAAUAAAAGACGCCAACAAGUAAUGGGUAAAGGACUUCCUAAGCAAAAAAGUAUAAAAGGUGUCAAGCAAAUACUGUUAGUCGCAUCUGGAAAAGGUGGAGUUGGUAAAUCUACAACAAGUGUUAAUUUAGCUACCGCAUUGAAAAUUAUUCAACCACAGAAAGCAGUAGGCUUAUUAGAUGCUGAUAUUUUUGGACCAACCAUUCCAUUAAUGAUGAAUCUUCAUCAAACACCUUUACUCAAUAAUGAUAAUUUAAUGGAGCCUCUUGUCAAUUAUGGCGUCAAGUGUAUGUCAAUGGGAUUUUUGGUUGACGAAAAGUCACCGGUUAUUUGGAGAGGAUUGAUGGUAAUGAGUGCGUUAGAGAAAUUACUUAGACAAGUUGCUUGGGAUCCUCUUGAUUAUCUUGUAGUCGAUACCCCUCCCGGAACUGGAGAUACCCUUCUUUCUUUAAUUCAAAAUAUUCCUAUUAGUGGUGUUGUUAUUGUUACAACUCCUCAAAAGGCAGCAUUAGACGUAGCGCGAAAAGGUGCUAGAAUGUUUCAAAAAAUGAAUAUUCCAAUAGCUGGACUUGUUGAAAAUAUGACGAACAUAACGUGUCCAAAGUGUUUGGAGCAAGUAUCAUUAUUUGGUGAAGGAAGCACUAUUUUGUCUAAAGAAUUAGGUGUACCAAUUUUAAAAAAGUUUCCUUUGGACAAAGAUACAACAGAGUGUGGAGAUAUUGGAAAACCAAUUGUUUUAGCACAGCCAAAUUCGCCGCAGUCUACUUUAUACAAAGAGUUGGGACAAGAUAUUAUAAAUUUUUUACAAAAACAAGUUAUUAAUUCAUCGUAA